GUUAGCUAGCGGUGGGUUCCAAAGCUGGUCGCAGGAAUAAGCCGUUUUCUUUGUCGCACAAGUGGCGUGACUCUUUUAAGCCGGUAGUUGAAUCGCUGAGGGAAGCUGUAGUGGGAGUAUUCGAAGAUUCGCUUCGUAUAUUUAAAGUUGGAAUUUGCUGCUAAAGAUGGCAGACCCAGAUGUCCUGACCGAGGUUCCCGCAGCAUUGAAGAGGUUAGCCAAGUAUGUGAUCCGGGGAUUUUAUGGCAUUGAGCAUGCCUUGGCCUUGGACAUCUUGAUCCGGAACCCCUGUGUGAAAGAAGAGGAUAUGCUGGAACUGCUCAAGUUUGAUCGGAAGCAACUUCGAUCAGUUUUGAAUAAUUUAAAGGGAGACAAGUUUAUCAAAUGCAGAAUGAGAGUAGAGACUGCUGCAGAUGGGAAAACCACUCGCCAUAACUACUACUUUAUCAAUUAUCGUACUCUUGUUAAUGUGGUAAAAUAUAAGUUGGAUCACAUGAGAAGAAGGAUUGAGACCGAUGAGAGAGAUUCCACCAACCGGGCUUCCUUCAAAUGUCCUGUCUGUAGUAGCACUUUCACAGACUUAGAAGCUAAUCAGCUCUUUGACCCCAUGACAGGAACUUUCCGCUGUACUUUUUGCCAUACAGAGGUAGAGGAGGAUGAAUCAGCAAUGCCCAAAAAAGAUGCACGCACACUUUUGGCAAGGUUUAAUGAACAAAUUGAGCCCAUUUAUGCAUUGCUUCGGGAGACAGAGGAUGUGAACUUGGCCUAUGAAAUACUUGAGCCAGAACCCACAGAAAUCCCAGCCCUGAAACAGAGCAAGGACCGUGCAGCACCUACUGCUGGAGCUGCUGGCCUGGCAGGUGGGCACCACCGGGAAGCAUGGACCACCAAAGGUCCCUCUUAUGAGGACUUAUACACUCAGAAUGUUGUCAUUAACAUGGAUGACCAAGAAGAUCUUCAUCGAGCCUCACUGGAGGGGAAAUCUGCCAAAGAGAGGCCCAUUUGGUUGAGAGAGAGCACUGUCCAAGGGGCAUAUAGUUCUGAAGAGAUGAAAGAAGGUGGCAUAGAUAUGGAUGCCUUUCAGGAGCGUGAGGAAGGCCGUGCAGGGCCUGAUGAUAAUGAGGAGGUCAUGCGAGCGCUGCUUAUUCACGAGAAGAAGACUCCCUCUGCUGCAGCUGCUUCAGUGGGGGCGGCCGCUCCUGUGACCACCGCCAAUGGCAGUGACUCAGAGAGUGAGACCAGUGAGUCAGAUGAAGAUUCUCCACCCCGACCAGCGGCUGUGGCUACACAUCAUCGGGAAGAGGACGAGGAGGAUGACGAUGAGUUUGAAGAAGUAGCAGAUGAUCCCACUGUCAUGGUGGCUGGCCGUCCAUUCUCCUACAGUGAAGUGAGCCAACGGCCAGAGCUGGUGGCCCAGAUGACACCAGAAGAAAAGGAAGCAUACAUAGCAAUGGGACAACGCAUGUUUGAGGACCUCUUUGAGUGAGCUAUCCCUACCUUUUCCUUCUUUCUCUAAUGCUCAUUUCAAAAAGAAAUCCCCCACAUUUGAAACAAAGUGUUAAGUAGUUUUCUGUCCCUCUUAAUGUAAAGCACCUGUUAAUUUUGUGCAAAGAAUAAUGGAGAGAAAGUUUAAUUUUUAUGUCAGAAACUUUCCAGCAAGGUAGGUUGACUAUAAGCAUUCCCUUCCCUGCUAUUACUACAGUAUUAACAUUUUACUGUAUUUCCUUAUCUAAUUUUUUAUUUUCUUUUUUAAGACAUUUCCCUCUCUUCUGAAAUGAGGGAGGGAACGCCAUUGUGUAAAUUCUUCCUCUCUGCCUACAGAAGCCUUCUACAGUAGGUUACAAUAAUUCACUGAUCAUAUCCUUUUUUAUCUGCUCUAACUAAGCAUUCCGAACAAUUCCUUAUAUUGCUGCCAACCAAAGCAACUUGCCAACAGGAAAAUCCUUGAUUAGUGGGAAAAAAAAAAAAAAACUUCUAAAACUUCCUCAAAAUUUGAGUAUUUGCUCAAAAUUGAGGUUGGGGGUCAGUUCGUAAGGGGAGAUCGGAGUGUGUGUGGAACAGGGAUAGAUAUGCCCGAAUCUCAUGUUUGAACCAGAAUUUGUGUCUUUAAAACUGACCCAACUGGUAGGUUCUGUUGUUUUGUUUAAUCCUUUUUGGUUUGGACUUCGCAUGAUAGAAAACAGAAAGUAUGAUUGCUAAACCCUUUUGAAGAAAUUAGAAAAAACAUAGACAUAGAGUAAGAAGUCCAUAUAAAGGAUUGAAGAGUGGAGAGCGUUGGGAACAGUGCCUUAGAACUGCCUGAGUUUGAUCUGAUUUGGAAAUUCUUUACAUAGAGGUGAGACUGGUCCUGGUUUUUUCUCCCUUAUUCUAUAAACCUCUUGUCAGUGCUGUAAAUUGUUUCAUGAGGCCAUUCCAGCAGAAAUCAACAUAGAAUAAUUGGUUACAUCCUUCCCUCACCCCCCACCCAACAUCAUUGAAGGCUUUCUUUGUCUCACUUUUUGUUCUUGUCAGAUGUGGUAUUUUAGAGUACAUCCUGUAUAUUUUUGAGUAUUGUAACCUCAAGGAACAUUUUAUUUUGGAUUCUGAUAUGUAGCAUGGUAUUAUUCCCUAAGGCAGAACUCUAAAAGUAAAGAACUUUCACACAAGCUUCUAUUACAAUUGUAUUCUUUGUAAUAUUUUUUCUUGCAUUGUAAUUUUUAAGUAUUUAUCGUUUUAUACUACACACGUGAAGUUAAGGUAGCAUUUUAGAGUAUCUGAGCCUUGUAUGAAGUGAUGUUUCAUUUACUUGGGUUGUAUUGACUGACUAUUGACAAUAAAUCUAUUUUAUACUGACUGAAAUUUGUUAAUUUCUAGCUCUGUAAUGUCUUAGAACAUAAUUAAAAUGAAUACU